CUCACACAAUACCAGGUUCAGCUAUGAACUGAGUAACAUCUGUGCUACAACUCGUCGCUCCGGUUCAACAUGGACUCACUGAAAUUUCUGCUUUUCGUUGCAGUCGCCGCUUGCACAGUGAAAGUUUCUCUUCAAAGGCCAAACAAGCGCAGACUGUACAAGGACCUGAUGUCUGACUACAACCCACUGGAGAGACCAGUCUCCGAUGAGUCUCAGACUGUCACUGUCGAGCUUGGCUUAAGCCUCAUGCAGAUCAUGGAUUUGGAUGAGAAGAAUCAGGUGUUAACGACCAAACUUUGGCUACGAAUGUUCUGGGAUGACUAUCACCUCCAGUGGAAUACAUCUGAUUAUCCGGGUGUGUCUGAUGUGAGCUUUCCUGACCAUCUCAUUUGGAAACCAGACAUCGUGCUCUCUAACAGUGCAGAUGAAAGAUUUGAUGCUAGCUACCACACCAACAUUUUGGUCAAGUCCACGGGCUCCUGUUUCUACCAAUCUCUAGGGAUCUUUAAGAGCACGUGCCACAUCGAUGUGCGCUGGUUCCCCUUUGAUAUACAGAAAUGCGAAUUGAAGUUUUUCUCCUGGGCGUACAAUGGGUGGUCUCUGGACUUGAAGAUGAUGGAGGCGGAAAUCUCUGACAACAUCCCCAAAGGAGAAUGGGAUCUUGUUGAGGUUACAGGGCGGAAGGAGGAGAAAAAAUAUGCCUGUUGCCCAGAGCCAUACCCCGACGUCACCUAUACUGUGGUGAUGCGGAGACGGACCCUCUACUACUGCUUCAAUCUGCUCAUCCCCUGUGUCCUCAUCUCCACUCUGGCCCUGCUUGUCUUCCUGCUUCCUGCUGACUCUGGAGAGAAGACUUCACUGGGAAUUACAGUCAUGCUCUCCCUGAUGGUCUUUAUGCUGCUAGUUGCAGAGAUUAUGCCUGCUACAUCAGACUCUGUGCCUUUAAUAGCUCAGUACUUUGCCACCACUAAGGUCAUUGUUGGUCUGUCAGUAAUUGCUACAGUUUUGGUCUUACAAUAUCACCAUCAUGACCCUGACGGAAGCAAGAUGCCAAAGUGGACCCAUGUCUUCCUCCUGAACUGGUGUGCCUGGUUCCUGCGCAUGAAGCGCCCGGGUGAAGAGCGGGUGCGUCCAGCUUGCCACAACAAUGUUCCACGGAGCAGCCUGACCAGCAUGGAACUCAAUGUUAACGCCUCAGCCCCCCAAUCCACCAACUGCAACAUGCUCUAUGUUGGCAGCCGUGGCCUGGAGAGCAUUCACCACACCACAGCUGCCCCCUCGCCUGACUCUGGGAUCCUCUGUGGACAGCUUAUUGGACGAGGAGGUGAGGAUGAGGUUCUCCUCCCUACAGGUCAGAGCUCCUCAGUGGGCAACGUGGAACCAGAGCUGGCCAAGAUCUUAGAUGAAGUGCGCUAUAUUGCCAAACACUUCCGUAACCAAGAUGAGUACAAGUCGGUGCGCAAUGAGUGGAAAUUUGCUGCAGCUGUUAUUGACCGGCUCUGUCUCAUGGCUUUCUCACUCUUCACUAUCCUCUGCACCAUCGGGAUUCUUAUGUCAGCACCAAACUUUGUUGAGGCCAUUUCCAAGGACUUUUUUGGUUGAGGACUUGAUCAGAAAAAAAUACUUCAAUGAAAAAAAAAGCUUAUACCAAUCACUUUUAUCACAGAGUAACCAUUUGUAAACUAAUUAGGCAGCAAUUUGGACACACUUAAGUCUGCUAAUGUGAAUGAGAUUCAUCACCAAAUAUUUAACCCUACUAAAGUCUAAUUGGCUAUUAAUUCAGGCAAAAUGUAUGUAAAGCAUAAAUACUGUAAUUGAAUCUAUGCCUUACAAUUUAUAGUGAAAAUGACCAGCUUUUGCCUUUUUAUAUGACACAGACUGAUGUACUAAAACUGUAAAACAUCUAAAUAUGAUCUCUAUGUACCGUUUUCACAUGAUUCUGUAAAAUGCUUAUACUACAAAGUGUUGUUUUAAGUUGUGUAAUUUGCUAACAAAUAAAGAAUGUAACUGUUGUUUAUGUUACAUGUGUAUUAUUGUUUAUUACAGUGUAUCUAUGAAAAGAUUCUCACUAAAAUCUAUGCUAUAUAUAAAACAUUGCAGCCAUAGUAUCUUGUAUUGAAAUGUAUUUGUUGUAUCACAUUAUUACUCAUAUAUUCAAAACAAUUAAGUGAUGUUGUUCAUUGCAUUUCUAUUGAUACAAAUUAUUGUUGAUUAGUGUCAUAAGCAUAAACAAAUACCUCAGUUUGACAAUGUUCUCACUUGCUCUGACUCAUUGUUUCUUUUUUAUUUUUAUUGUAACAAUUUUCUUAAAGGUAAUAAUUAAAGGUCAAAAUCUUUUCAUGUCAGUCAAUUUUUAUUUAUUUUGUUUUUGCUCUUGUCCAGUCAACAAUUGUACUGUAAUGUCUCAAAAAUAAAUGUAUUUUUUGUAUUUGGAAAUGGGACCGAAUAUGAAAAAUGUUUUCUUUUUAUAGAGCACUGUGUUUUUAUGCUAGUUUUUUACAAUCAUACUGCAGCUCCCUCCGCAUUUUCCUAUUUUGAUGGCAAAUGAUAACCUCGACGCUUAAGUGCAUUUCAGUUUGCUAUCAAAUUGAAACAGACAACAGAAGUAAAACAGACUGACACAGCAAGCCUUUAGAGAGCCAGCCAGUAAAAUCCCAAAGCUCUUCUGGGCAGCUAAAACAUAGAUAUAAUAUAUAGAUAGACAGAUAUAAUACAGCAUGGUGUGAAGAAUAAUGAGUCGUCAGUGACAUCUAACUUGGCAAAAGUAUUGUGCCUUAAGACAAGAAUAAAAAAUUGCAUAGAACAAGUUCCUGAAAAUUCAGAACCAUUUGAUUUAAUGUCUUAAUCAAAACUUGACUUAAUUACUAGUUCACUGAUGACUGGUUUAAUUCCACUGCCAGUGAAUAACAACCAAUUAAAAAAAGGAAAAUAAAAUGUUUUCCAGUUGAGUCAAGAAUGUAUGUGUGAUUUACAGUGGUUAAUUUUGGAGUGAAUGUCAUGAAUGUCAUAGUUAUACACAAGAUAUUGUGAAAAAUGCUCCCUGGCAGUAUUCCUUACCCUUCCCAAACUUCAAUGCAAUUUAUAGUUUGUGUGUUGUAGACCAAUUCUUUAACUAAUACUCAGGUAAAGUGCAAGUAAGUUAAAUGAGUGUACUCUAGUGAAGCUAGACAUGGCUACUUGAUUAAAUGUACUUCACUGGUAUCUAGGGUGGUAGCAGUAUUCAGAUCCUUUACUUAAAUAAAAGUACCAAUACAGCAAUGUAAAAAUACUCCAUUACAUGAAAAAUUCUUCGUAAGUAAAAGUACAUUAUUAGCGUAAAAUGUAGUUGCAGUAAAAGUAGGGGUUUGGUCCUGAUUGAUA